AUGAUAGGACCAGCAUCUCCCCCCAAAACAUAUAAAAAACAUAAAAAUAGCACUAUAGAUAGUAGUUUGUUUACAAAUGAUAAACUUUCUUAUUGUGUUACAGGACCUUCAUUUUCAGAAUUUUCAGAAGAAAAAAAAGAAAAUAACAUUCAAAAUAGAGAAAUCGAGAACUCUAAUGAAAUGCCCAAUAAAAGCAAACGUUUAAUAGGACCAGUAUUGGAUUUUAAGGAAACAGAAAACGAUGAUAAUGAAAUUGGACCACAUCUUUCUGAUUUUACAGAUUCAGUAAGUUAUGAGGAAAAAAAACAAAAAAAAGCAGCAGAGUUUGAAGAAAUUGAAAAAAAACGUUUAAAUCAAAUUUCAGAAAUUCCAAUAAUAAGUCAAGAAAAAAAAAGAGAUGAUUGGAUGAUUAUCCCUCCUAGUCGCUCUGAUUUGAAUUCUAGAAUAGGCAUUAGUCUUAAAUCACGGACAUUCAAUACUGAAAAAAGUGCACGGUUAAAUGAUUUUGGUGUUCAAGAUAUAAAUUUAUGGACGGAAUCUUAUGAGGAUAAACAAAAACGUUUAAAACAAGAAGCAAUGGGUAUAAAAAAGCCUAUGCAUCAGGAUGCCAAAUCAAAAAAAGAUCUUAAUACUAUAUUUAAUACUGAAAAACAAAAAUUAAAUCACGGAGCUAAACGUCCUUCUUUAUACGAUAUGCAUCUUAAAGUAAGUAAAGAAUCUACAGAUGACCCUUCAAAGAGAAUGUUUGAUUAUGAAAAAGAUAUUGGUGAAAAUUCUCUAACUUUUUCAAAAAAACUAAAAAUAAUAAAUCUUUCAAAAGACAUGUCCCGAUUUUCCUCUGGAUCAUAUCUUUAA